GCAAAACAAACUCAAACCUGAAGUGAUAACUGAAAUGGUUCAGUCCUCCAGCGUCAUGGUUUCAAACAAGGCUUUGAUCUUAUCAGAGUUUAAACUAAGAGAUACUAUCGUUAAAUCUCAGCUUGCGCAAAUGGAGGAUUCCUACACACACAUCCAGACCUUCAGAUUUUUUGUUGGGACGUACAAUGUGAACGGUCAGUCACCCAGAGAGAGCCUCCAGCCUUGGCUGAGCUGUGACACUGAGCCUCCAGACGUUUACUGUGUGGGUUUCCAGGAGCUUGAUCUGAGUAAAGAAGCCUUCUUUUUCAAUGACACCCCGAAGGAAGAAGAGUGGUUUAAAGCUGUAACUGAUAGUCUGCACCCAGAUGCCAAAUAUGCAAAGGUGAAACUCGUGCGGCUUGUGGGAAUCAUGCUUCUGUUGUAUGUGAAAGCAGACCUUGCUUUGAACAUUUCUGAGGUGGACGUUGAGACUGUGGGAACUGGAAUCAUGGGGAGGAUGGGUAACAAAGGUGGUGUUGCCAUAAGGUUUAAAUUCCAUAACACUAGUGUGUGUGUUGUGAACUCUCACCUCGCAGCUCACAUGGAGGAAUAUGAGCGGAGGAACCAGGACUUCAAAGACAUCUGCUCUCGGAUGCAGUUCAGCCAGUGGGAUCCAAAUUUGCCUCCUCUCACUAUUGGCAAACAUGACGUGGUCUUAUGGUUGGGUGACCUCAACUAUCGGCUGGAGGAACUGGAUGUGGCGAAAGUGAAGCAGCUCAUAGAUGAGAAAGCAUUUCUAAAGCUUUGCCAGUAUGACCAGCUGAAGAGGCAAAUGAAGGCACAUGCAGUCUUCGAAGGCUUUACAGAGGGAGAGAUUUCUUUCCAGCCAACAUACAAAUACGAUGCUGGCUGUGAUGACUGGGACACAAGUGAGAAGUGUCGUGUCCCCGCCUGGUGUGAUCGGAUCCUCUGGAGGGGGCAGCACGUCGCCCAGCGGAGCUACCGCAGCCACAUGGCUCUGAAGAUCAGCGAUCAUAAGCCAGUGAGCUCCGUGUUUGACAUUGGGGUGAAGGUUGUGAACGAGGAGCUCUAUCGAAAAGCCUUUGAGGAGAUAGUCCGCUCCCUGGACAAGCUGGAGAACGCCAACAUCCCCUCGGUGACCCUCUCCCGGACAGAGUUCCAUUUUGAGGAUGUUAAAUACAUGCAGCUGCAGGUGGAGAAGUUUACAAUCCGCAAUGGUCAAGUGCCUUGCCAGUUUGAAUUCAUCAUCAAACCAGAUGAGAAAUCCUACUGCAAGGAGUGGCUGAUUGCUAAUCCCAGUAAGGGCUUUCUGCUGUCAGAUGCUGAGAUCACAGUUGAGUUGGAGGUGUUCGUUAAUAAAUCAACAGCUACACACUUAAACUCAGGAGAGGAAAAACUCGAAGAUAUCUUGGUCUUGCAUCUUAACAGGGGGAAGGAUUAUUUUCUGUCUGUAACAGGCAACUACUUGCCAAGUUGCUUUGGGUCUCCCAUCCACACGCUCUGUUACAUGAGGGAACCGAUCCAGGACAUGUCAGCAGAAUCCAUUCGGAAACUUACCCUGAUGCCACUAGAAAGGAGUGACGAUCCCCUUGGAGCUGAGAAGCCUACGGACAUUCCAAAAGAGCUGUGGAUGAUGGUGGAUCACUUGUACCGUAACGCUUCCCAGCAGGAGGACCUGUUUCAGCAGCCAGGCCUCAGAUCUGAAUUUGAGCAAAUCCGAGAUUGUUUGGACAAAGGAAUGCACGAUACCCUCUUUGGCAGCAACCACUCGGUGGCAGAAGCCUUGCUGCUCUUCCUGGAAAGCCUGCCGGAGCCUGUCAUCUGCUACAGGUCCUACAGCAGCUGCUUGGAGAGCGCCAGCAGCUACCCGCUGAGCUGCCAGAUUAUCUCUAACCUGCCACGCUGCCAUAAAAAUGUAUUUGAAUAUCUAAUGGCAUUUCUACGAGAACUACUGAAAAAUUCAGAGAAAAACCAUUUGGAUGUGAAUAUUCUGGCUAGUAUAUUUGGUGGCUUGUUGCUUCGACCUCCUCCUGGACAUCCUACACCUGAUAUAACCGAAAAGAGGAAAGCUCAGCAAUUUAUCCAUCAGUUCCUCUUGAGAGAAGACAAUUUACCCUGAAUUUCAGAUGCAGCUAACCUGAUUUUUAGAUAUCAAAUUACUGUAAAAAUAUUUCUUUGUACAAUAUA